AUGGCGUCCGUUUACAAGAGCUUGUCGAAGAAGACAGACCAGAAGGCCGCAGCGCCUGGUGACGUGGUCGCUAAGAAGGUCAACAAGCAGCGCGUCUUGCUGCUUACGAGCAGAGGUGUGUCGUACAGACACCGUCACCUUGUCAACGACUUGGCUGUCCUGUUGCCCCAUGCGAAGAAGGAUGUCAAGUAUGACCGGAAGGGAAACCUGAACGGGCUGAACGAGCUUGCUGAGCUCUACUCAUGUAACAACAUCUGCUACUUCGAAGCGAGGAAGAACAAAGAUCUGUACCUCUACAUGUCUUCCAGUGGCAAUGGGCCUACCAUCAGGUUUCAUGUCCAAAAUAUUCAUACUCUUGACGAAUUGAACAUGCCCGGCAAUUGUUUGAGAGGAAGCAGACCGAUCUUGUCAUUUGACAACGCGUUUGAGACAGAGCCUCACUUGCAACUUAUGAAGCAAGCCUUCCUGAAGCAGUGGGGCGUGCCCCCGCUGGCAAAGAAAUCCAAGCCGUUCAUUGAUCACGUCAUGAGCUUCUCUCUGUUGGAUGGGAAGGUCUGGGUUCGUAACUACGAGAUCAAGGAAGAGGAAGGCAGCGAGGAAGAUGGUGAGGAGAAGACCGUCAGCAAGGGCGGCAAGACCAUCUCCACGAAGCUUGUCGAGAUUGGCCCCAGAUUCACCUUGACACCAAUUGUCAUCCUCGAAGGUUCGUUUGGCGGACCGGUCAUCUACGAGAACAAGGAGUACGUGUCGCCGAACCUCGUGCGAUCCGACAUCAGGAAGAAGAAGGCAGUGCGCCACAACGCGAGGGCCGAGAAGGUUGUUGAGCGGCUGUCGAAGAAGGGAGACCUUGGACUCAGGAGCAAGGAUGGACGUUCGGUGGCGAAGGAUGAGCUGGACACUAAGGCUCUGUUCGCAUAA